UUUACUUACAGUAAGCAUGGGAAAUGCUUGAGUGUGGAGGCUAAAUAUUGCAUGAUGAUCAUAAAAUGUCCAAAUCAUAACACUGAACACCCACACAACACACAGGUGUUUAUAGUUAAUGUGGCUGAUUGGACUUUUUCCAGGACUUUGUGGGUGUGGUUAGACUGAGUGAUUGACAUCUUCCUGACUCCACUGUUAAUGUUGGUGCACCUGUUAGGGCGGGACAAAUGACACCUUUGUCAUCCUUAUUGGUAGAAAGAAUUUGUAACCUAAUAAGUUCCCAUCAAAUCUCCAGCCUGAAAAGAGUCUUAUCAGCCAGAAUAACUUUAAGGCUUUAAGGGUACCCAGUCUGUUUUAUGCCCAUGUCUUUCCGCCACCUUUGCUAAACUGAAUGACACCAAGGAGCCAAAAUGACAAUACUCCACCGUUUUGUCUUGAUCUGUGUCUGCCUGCCAUCAUGCCUCGGCCUGGAAUUUGCUCUGCUCGAGUUACCUUGGACAGUGCUCUCCCAUGCCUUCCAUCAUACUCCAAGAGAUUAACUCCUCCAAGGAAAAAUUAAACUGUGUCACUGUGAAUAACGGCACUGCCUUCCUCACACCUGACACCCUCUGCACUAAACACUUGCUGAGACCUGUGGCUAUUCAUCAACUUGUCAGCAGCAGCAGACAUCCAUCAUCCACUUUCACUCUGCAGGAAAUAUGUGAAAAUAGGAGAAAAUGCUGAUGCCAGAGGAUGGCCUAUUUCAGGUCUGAGAGGAGCACUAAAACUUGGCAGGCUCUGGAGCUUCUGUGAUGCUGAUUAGAGGUUUUCUUUACCCAAAAUGCACAGCGAAAAAGCCACGUAAACGUAAAGAAUCAUCAACGCUGUCUGUUGCUAGCCGCCCCUGCUCACUGGACAGUUUUGUAGCUGCAUACUGCUUAUCACAGAUGUUCACAUGAUGCUACACUCGUUUGGGGCUUCAGUAAGAUUGCCAGAGCUGUAAGAUGUCGAUGGUGUUGUUUGCCUCUGUGGUUCGGGUCCGGGACGGCCUGCCUCUCUCUGCAUCCACUGAUUAUGAGCAGGACAGAGAGCUUCAGGAAACCAAGAGGCACCUCAAGGGUCUCUCCAAGAAACUCAGCCAGUUCCCUGACCGCUGCACACUUAAGACUGGACCAUACAAUGUCAAUUUUACGAGCGCACUGGGUGUUGGAUACCUGAUGGUGUGCACUGCAAACUACCCCAAUGUGCUGGCCUUCUGCUUCCUGGACGAGCUACAGAAGGAGUUUAUUGUCACCUAUGACACGAAAAGAACCAGCAGCGCUGUGCGGCCGUACUCCUUUAUUGAAUUUGACACCUUCAUCCAGAAGACCAAACAGCGCUACAACAGCCCGCGUUCCCUGUCCACCAAGAUCAACCUGGCUGACAUGCAGACAGAGAUCAAGCUGCGACCGCCCUACCAGCUCUCUCCUGAGGAACUGCAGGCUAUUAAUGGAUUCUCAGUUCAUACGCCCUCUAAAUACAAAGGCAUAGCUCCCACACAGAUGUUGGAGCCAGUGACUCUCCCAGGCAUCGUGUCCUGUGUGCUCAGUAUCCUCUGUGGAGGCCUAAACCUGCUGCGAGGGGUCCAUGCUAUAGAGAGUAUACUACAGAAUGACGAUGAAGACUUUAAUUACGUGAUUGCCUUCUUCCUUGGCACAGCAGCCUGUCUGUAUCAGUGCUACCUGUUUGCCUACUUCUCUGUCUGGAGGAACAGUAAGUCCUUCCUGGCGUUUGCACUCAUCUGUCUGUCCAACAUGUAUCUGUAUGAACUGAGGAACAUGUGGCAGAUCCUCUUCCAUGUGGCGGUGGGGGCCUUCAUGACCCUGCAGAUCAGAAUGAGGCAGCCGCUGGGCAAAGCGCCAGACUACAAUGUCUGACAAAAACCUAAAACACAAAGAGCAAAAGGGCCUUCAGUCGGAUGGUCCCACACAUGUCCUGGAAAUACAGCGGAGAUGCCACUGGGGACAAAGUGGAAACAAAAAAAAUCCUCCCUGUUCAGGAAGAAAAACCAUAAAAUCUUGCAGCACCACAGUAGUACUCCAUCACAGCACCAGUGGACAGCUCUCAGUGUGGACUUGGAGUAAACUGCCUGAAUCAUUAAAGGAUUUUAUGGGGUUGACUUGGGAAGAUGUCUACUUCCGACCAUUGUCUGAUAAAGAUAUUUGCUUUUACUUCCUUUCAGUGCAGCCUUAGUUUAGGUCAGAGUCCUGCAUGUGUCCAAUUUUGCAAAACUCGUACUCUCCCUGAGGGGAAAUAGGUCUUGCAGCUGGGUAAAACAGAACACACAGACGUAGGCACAUGGACUCAGGUACAGAAAACAUGAUAAAAUACAUCAAGUAAAAACAGGAAACUUAGAGUAUGCCAUUGCUAAAACCAUCAUCAUCAGCCCCCAGUAUUAUGGAAACUAUCAUCACUUGCACUUUAGUAGUAAGGAACGCAUGGUAUGAAUACGAAACCCUUCGGGACCAGAUUUCCAGGUGUAUUGAUGCACAUCAGAUACAUUGUAUGUGGACCUUUUGAAUUUGACCAGACAUUUAAUGACAGCUUUCGAUACUCAAGCUACAGUACAGACACAUUUCUGGUUGUACCCAAAAUAAUUGAGGUAACCAGGCCUAUUAUUUCCUUAAGUUCAGCCAACAACCUAUGUAGGAUUAGGCUAGGCUUAACAAAUGUUUAACAGGAUACAGCUGGAAUUAAACACAGUAAUCUCUUUUAUGUACACAGAACUGUUAUGACUGAUAAGAUGACUUGGAAAGAUGAACAUAAAAAGACUGCAAGACUGGACAUUCAUUUGAUAUUCUUGUACAGUUUUUGGUUUUUCCCUCUCCCAUUUAAAUCACCCGCAUCCAGGUAAUCAUGCAUGUUUCUUGUGUCUGUUACAUGCACUUUUUGCACAUGUACUCGUGUGCACCUGACCGGUGCAGGACUCUGGUUUAGGUCUUUGUUUAAAACUAUGCAAAGCUGCCUUGUGUGUGUGUGUGGCCCUAAUUUCAGUUUUAGGGGUAUUCUGUAUAAGGAGCCAAUGAUUCUACUUUAUUUUGCAGAUAUUUGUCAUUUUGUAGACAGUUAAUUUUGCUAUUUAUUUACAGACUGAUUAUUCAGUCACAUGUGGUUAGUGACAAUUUAUAAAGAUUUUAAAGUUUAAUUUAUUGUUUUUUUAUUGCUCCAUUUUGUCUUCAUGCAGACCCGCAUCUAGUUAUCACAAAGUAACUACUGCUCCAGUAGACCCAGUCAGUUGGUUAACAUUCAUAUCCUACUUCCACACCCACACAGCCUAAUGGCAUAUGUCGGUUUGACUGUUGAUUAACAGGUUAGUGUUGGAAGCAGUAAAGAUGUGUAGUUGAAGCCUGAGGGAGCCAGUAUCAUCUCCGUGUGCUUUUCCUUCCACGCAGCCCACCGGUUUCAACAUGGUCGCGUCUACCACUCACAAACUCAACAAACUCACCCUCUUACCCUUUUGCCUGUGUAAUGGAUAUUAUCAUAGUUUUCACAUUUACCUUAAUUGCAGUCAGGAGAGGCCACAUUGAUCGUUAUUAGGCAGUGUGAGAUUUGUUCAGGCAAUUUGAUAAGAUUUCCUGGCUUCCUGCACCAUUCCAACAAUAUAUAGCAAACAACUGGAGAAGGGUAGAGAAUUGAGUCAUGCCUUUUUUCAUUGUUCAUGAGAAGCUCAACAGUUGUUCCAGGAUUGUCAUAACGUCUUUAUUUUUUUUUUUUUUUUUAAACAAUCUCUCUCUCACUGGAAGAAGUUAAAAGUAAAAAUGAAAAGCAGUAUGCAGCUCCACUCCGUGUCCAUCUGGCAUCUGCACUACAGAUCUGCCGUGGGACUGCUGCAACACUUCAGCCUCCUAUGAUUCAUCAUCGUGCUCUCUGAAUGUUCUUUUGCUUUCCAACAGUGGUACCACACCUACAUGACCUAAUAGCUCUUUUCACAAUAUGGCUCAGACUCUAUUGGAUUUGAAUUGAGCUUCGCUGGCUCCGAUUUGUUUGUGUUCACAUUCUCCUUUUCCACAGCAGUCACAGUAAAUGUGUAGUGGGGUGUGUUGUGUAAAAUAGGAACAGUGAAAUUUUGCUAUUUUAUACUGGUUUAUCCAAGUAUGGAAAAUGAAUGUAAUUAUUUUCAGGUGUUUAAACUUUGGAAUGAACUGCUGAAAACUUGUAUGUAUUGUUGUACAAAGUUUUCACAUUUACAUUUUUUGACACUAGAGUGUAAUACACCUUUUUGAAGUUCCCCAGUCACGAUUAGAAUACACAAAUAUUGUAAACAAUUAUGUCUGUCAUAUUCAGCAAAUUAAGAUCUGGAAGAAAAAAAAAGUGGAUUUGAUGUGAAAUUUGAACACUGGAUUUAAAGCAUAUUGUGAGACCAGAAGUGCUUGAAUUUUGUCUGUUUUCUGUUGCACAUAAAGACGCAUUGAUUCAU